GCUCUGUCUUACAAGUUAAAGAGGGAGUAAAAUGGAAUGGGAAAACCACACCAUUCUGGUGGAAUUUUUUCUGAAGGGACUUUCUGGUCACCCAAGGCUUGAGUUACUCUUUUUUGUGCUCAUCUUCAUAAUGUAUGUGGUCAUCCUUCUGGGGAAUGGUACUCUCAUUUUAAUCAGCAUCUUGGACCCUCACCUUCACACCCCUAUGUACUUCUUUCUGGGGAACCUCUCCUUCUUGGACAUCUGCCACACCACCACCUCUAUUUCCUCCACCUUGGUGAGCUUCCUUUCAGAAAGAAAGACCAUUUCCCUUUCUGGCUGUGCAGUGCAGAUGUUCCUCAGCUUGGCCAUGGGGACAACAGAGUGUGUGCUUCUGGGCAUGAUGGCCUUUGACCACUAUGUGGCUAUCUGCAACCCUCUGAGAUAUCCCAUCUUCAUGAGCAAGGAUGCCUAUGUAUCCAUGGCAGCUGGGUCCUGGAUCAUAGGAGCUGUCAAUUCUGCAGUACAAACAGUGUUUGUGGUACAAUUGCCUUUCUGCAGGAAUAACAUCAUCAAUCAUUUCACCUGUGAAAUUCUAGCUGUCAUGAAACUGGCCUGUGCUGACAUCUCAGGCAAUGAAUUCAUCCUGCUUGUGACCACAACAUUGUUCCUAUUGACACCUUUGUUAUUAAUUAUUGUCUCUUACACGUUAAUCAUUGUGAGCAUCUUCAAAAUUAGCUCUUCCGAGGGGAGAAGCAAACCUUCCUCUACCUGCUCAGCUCAUCUGACUGUGGUAAUAACAUUCUGUGGGACCAUCUUCCUCAUGUACAUGAAGCCCAGGUCUCAAGAGACACUUAAUUCAGAUGACUUGGAUGCCACUGACAAACUUAUAUUCAUAUUCUACAGGGUGAUGACUCCCACGAUGAAUCCUUUAAUCUACAGUCUUAGAAACAAGGAUGUGAAGGAGGCAGUAAAACACCUACUGAGAAGAAAAAAUUUUAACAAGUAAAUGAGAAAGGGGCCUGCAACAGCAAUCUGCUUCCUUCAAAGGGUCUGUGGAUCCUCUUGGCUUUCCCAGUAUGUUCCUGUGGUAGUUCUUGG